UCCGAACAAAAAAAAAGAUACGAGUCGAGUCGAGGGUCUUUCACGCGUUUUCCGUUGAUUAUAUUAUCAGAACUACCUUGACUACGAGUAAUUUACCAGUAGAUUCAUCAAUCCCACCCAUUCAUUGGCCAAUCAUGUCUCCCUUAUUCCCUUCCUGUGUCUGGCCCUCCCCCGGCUUGUCUCUCUCUAUGGGUGCCGAUGUCGCCAUCCAUCUUACAAACAUUUUCUUUUCCCCCUGGGGUCUGUCCGUGGUGGGUGGCUAAACAUAAUUAAUGAAAAUAAUAUCUGAUCCCUCCUUCACAAUUCUCUCUCUCUCUCUCUCCUCUCCUCUUCCUCUCUACAUCCUACUAUUCUACUUCCACGAUUAAGAAGUAGUAAUCCAAGUCUUUCUCCCCAGACUUGGACCCUCAUAGGAAGACCGCCACCAUGCACUUCCAAUUGACUGACUCUGCCGGGUCCGCCUCUUCCCCGGAUCAGAAAACACCAAAGACCUUCGUCCAGGAGUCUUCCAGCCUUCCCUUUGGCCAGCAAAUCUCCCUCGACUCCAUAUCCGGACCUACCUACCUGACUGCACAGACCCUCGUCCAGCAAGUCGCUUAUGGUCUCUCUGACAAGGUCUUCGCCUAUUCCGCAGAGUCAUUUGACCUCGAUGUUGCUCUGAAGCAUUGGCAAAAGAACGGCGAGAAGAAUGCUUCUGGCUACCAGACCGGCAUUUCUUCCCUCGAGACCAGGACCGGUGCUGGUUCCAUCGCCCUGGGCUACAUCUUCUCCAAGGACUUCGAUCUCAAGAAGCGACACAUCCCUCAAUCCAUUGUUGCCUCUUCCGCUACUCUCGACUACCUCCGCCCUUCCUUGGACCAGCUGUCUCUCCUCUACUCGGUCGCAAACCCCCUUGUUGCUCAUGUCGCCGCCGUCGACUACUCUGCCAGCUCUGCCGCCGGCCUUGUCACCGACUAUGUCUCCUCCUUGAACUUAGCCGAAGAUCUAGGCUUGGGUCUGGUCUGCAGUCCUUCCGUUUUCGAGACCCAGCACAUGUCUCUCUUCGCCACUCUCCUUUCAAGCGUUCUCCCUACCAUCCACACAUAUGAUGGUAUUACCGUGGGACGUGAGACCGCAAGAUUGGUGGACACCAUCAGCCAAUCCAGGCUCCACAACAUCUACACUGAUGUUCUCAAGGCCGUCUCCGAGGUUGACAAGAAGCACUCCGAUAACGCAGGCCGCGUCGCCCGCUUGCUCCAAGCCUUCAACGACGAGCUUGGCGAGGAUUACAAGCUCUUCGACUACUACGGCCACGAGGAGCCCGAGACCGUCUUGGUUGUUUUCGGUACCAUCGAGGCAUCCUUGACUGCUCAGGUCGCCACUGCCCUCGCCAAAGACGGUGACAAGCUCGGCGUUGUCAAUGUCCGCGUCUACCGUCCAUUCGUUGAGGAGGCCUUCCUUGAGGCUCUUCCUAAGAGCACACGUAACGUUGCUGUCCUCGGCCAGGUCAAGGAUGAAGCGGCUGUUUUCGACGCUUCCGAGUUCUCCAGGCUCUACUCCGACGUCCUUGCUGCCGUCCAGUUCGCUUUCGACAGGAAUGUCGAAGUCACCGACAUCAAGUACUCUCGUGAGCAAGUCUGGACUCCAAGCAACAUCUUGGACGUCUUCCAGCAGGCCUACGGCGAGAGGACACAAUCCGAGGAGGUCCGCUCAUACGUCGACAUCCUGAACACCGCCGAUGUCCGCCAGUACACUUUCUGGAACUUGGACGGAUCCUCUGCUGCCAGCGCGCCAGUCGUUCUUGGUAAGCUCCUGUCCUCCGACUCCUCCAAGAAUGUGUUUGUGCGAUCCGGCCACGACAAUCUUGUCCAAGGUGGAGUCAUUCGCACCGAUAUCCGCAACGCCGAUUACACAAUUGAGGCCCCAUUCUCUGUUGAUCAGGCUGAUGUCGCCUUCAUCGGUGAUGAGAAGCUCUUGAAUGAGUUUGACAUCCUGAAUGGCGUCAAGUCUGAUAGCUCCAUCAUUGUUCAGCUCCCAGGCGCCAAGGACGAAGACAUUGAGAAGAGGCUCUCUCCAGCUCUACGCAAGGCCAUCGUCACCAAGGAUGUUGAGCUCUUCAUCCUUGAUCCUAAGUUGUCCGAGACUGCUGCUGAGGAUUCGUCUGCCGAGGCCUACCUUGCGCAGUUGGCGUUCCUCAAGGUCGCUCGCGAGGAUCUCUUCACUUCUGGCUUGUCCAAACUCGCCGCCAUCAACGGCAGCCCCGACCUUCUCGAGAAGUUGGCACGUGAGCUUGGUGCUGCUCUCCGCGAAUUCGAGGUUCCUAUCAGCUGGGCCGAGGUCCAAGAGGACGUCCAACCCCUCCGACUUCCUGCGGACAUCAACGCCAACAGCUUCACCGCUUUUGAGACUGAGGAAGAGGAGCCGCCCACCGAGCUCAAAUCGUGGCAGGUGGCUGCCAAGGGCCUGGCUUUCAAGGAAGCGUUCGGCACUGAGAAUGUGCUCCGUCCUGACCUUGGAGUCAAGACCGUUGUUGCUACCGUCAAGGAGCGCCGCCGUCUGACGCCUGCCACAUAUGAUCGUAACAUCUUCCACAUCGAGUUCGAUCUUGGCACCACAGGCCUGACUUAUGCCAUCGGAGAAGCCUUGGGCAUCCACGCUGAAAACGACAAGAGCGAGGUCGAGCAGUUCAUCAAGUGGUACGGCCUCAAUGCUGAGGAGGUCGUCGAGGUACCUUCCAGGGAGGACCCCAACGUGUUCGUCAACCGUACCGUCUACCAGUCUUUGGUCCAGAACAUCGACAUCUUCGGACGACCCCCCAAGCGCUUCUACGAGGCACUUGCCGAUUUCGCCACCGACGAGAAGGAGAAGUUGAGUCUCCUCGCACUUGGCGGACCCGAGGGCGCUGUCGAGUUCAAGCGUCGCGCAGAGGUCGACACCGUCACCUACGCUGACAUUCUCCUCGAGUACCCCUCUGCCCACCCCGCCUUCCACGACAUCGUCCGCAUCGUCAGCCCCAUGAAGCGCCGCGAGUACUCGAUCGCCUCCUCCCAGCACGUCACCCCCACCUCCGUCUCCUUGUUGAUCGUCACCGUCAACUGGGUCGACCCCAACGGCCGCGACCGCUUCGGACAAGCCACCCGCUACCUCAACGGCCUCUCCAUCGGCUCCCCCGUCACCGUCUCCGUCAAGCCGUCCGUCAUGAAGCUCCCCCCGAAGACCACCGCCCCGCUCAUCAUGGCGGGUCUCGGAACGGGCCUCGCCCCCUUCCGCGCCUUCGUCCAGGAGCGCGCGUACCAGAAGCAGCAGGGCCACGAGAUCGGCGAGGUCCUCCUGUACAUGGGGUCGCGCCACCAGCGCGAGGAGUACCUCUACGGCGAGGAGUGGGAGGCCUACCAGGCCGCCGGCAUCAUCACGCUGCUCGGCCGCGCCUUCUCCCGCGACCAGCCCGAGAAGAUCUACAUCCAGGACCGCAUGCGCCAGACGCUGCCCGACAUCCGCAGGGCGUACCUCCAAGAGGAGGGCUCGUUCUACCUCUGCGGUCCCACGUGGCCCGUCCCCGACGUCACCGAGGUGUUGCAGGAGGCCAUUGCCGUCGAGCACCAGGCUAAGAACGGAAAGGGCGCGAAGAAGAUUGACUCUAGGAGGGAGAUUGAGACACUCAAGGAGGCGCAGAGAUACGUGCUCGAGGUGUACUAGAUUGUCAUGUUAAGCUAUGUAUCGAUGAUGAUGAUGAUGAUGAUGAAGAAGAUUGUGGGCAUUUAAGCAUGAGCACGUAUUCCCAAUAGACCGCUAUCUAUCUAUGUAUCUAUCUACUUGCAAUAGACCCA